AUGGCGGAGACUCUGCCCAACUACAUGAAGCCCACCACCAGCUCCGACGCCAAGAAGCAGCACGCUUGUGUUUCCUCGUCGGAGGAUUUGAACAAGAAGAAGAAGAAGAAGAACUGCAAGGCUUUGAGGAUCCAGCCCAAGAAGGCGAGCGUGAGAGCGACCUGCUCGUCGACUCUCAAGAGCUGCAAGUUCCCCGAGUUCCUCGAGCUCGGCCAUGGCGGCACAGAAGCCGAAGGGGCGUCUGCAGCCAAGGUCUGCCCCUACAAGUACUGCUCCCUCAACGGUCAUCUCCACGGCCAGGCCGACAUCCCUCCGCUCAAGACCUUCUUGGCUUCGAGGAGAGAGAGCAUGAAGCAGAGAGGAGCUUCGCCUUUCAGGAAGAGGGACACAGGGCAGGCGGCGGCGGCGAGGACUCGGUCCGGCUUGGAGAUUUCUUCCCUGAUCGAAGAAAUUGGCCUCGAUUUGUUCCUCGAACAGCCGGCGGCGGUCGAGGAGGAAGAUGAUCGGAAUGAUGCAUGCUCAGAUAGAAGCAGCGAUGGGGUUUAUAGCUUGGAGGCCAUGGCGGGUUUUGUCGAGUAUGUGAGCUGCGAUCGAGAUGUAGAGGAAGAUCGCAGCAAAAAGGAGAUUGAAGAUGGAAAUCAAUUCAUGGCCGAAUCCAUUGAUUUCAAUUUGGAAAAAGAAGAAGAAGAUGAUGAUGAUUAUUAUGAAGAAGAAGCUGAAUUGGAGUCGAAGAAGAUGGAUAAAUCUGAGAACAACACACCCAAAGAGCAUGCUGUUCUUGAUCAAGAACAACCUGCCACUGAAGAAGAGGCCAGAAAUGAAGAUGUUCAGAUUACUGAUACAAAUGAUCAAGACCACAACAAUGGCAGUGUGCUCAUAGUGGCUGAUUCAAAUUCGAACAUCAUCGAAGAACAAAAGGCUCCAACAGAUGAUCAUGGCCCCAAUGUGAGGCUGAUGCACAUAACAAGGAAGAGUAGCAGAGAUGAGGAGCCGGAGCAACUGAAAGGAUUCGAUCCCCGGGCACCGAACUUCCUGCCCGAAGAGCCAGACCCGGAAUCGGAGAAGGUCGACCUGAGGCACCAGAUGAUGGAUGAGAGAAAGAACGCAGAGGAAUGGAUGAUAGAUUAUGCUCUGCAGCAGACAGUCACAAAGCUGGGCUCUGCAAGGAGGAAGAAGGUGGCGCUGCUCGUCGAGGCCUUUGAAACAGUGAUUCCUCUUCCUCCAUUGCAAGCUUGUAGAUAA